AGAUCCUGUAGAUUUCGUAAUCUUUCGAUAUUUGUCGAUUUUUGUUUUUACUUUAAGCCAGUGUGGACGUUAGCUCCAUACUUUUGAGUUUUCACUCAUCUUUUACUGGUUGAACGUUGUUCAAUUCUUUUAAAAUGGCUACCGAUAUGGACGAUGUCCUAUCUAUUACCGACCCAGAAGCUGAUUCUGAGUCGUUUAGUUUUUUACCACCUACAGAGGUAUCGAAGACUAUACCUUUUAAAUAUAAUAAAGCCAGGGGUAGAAAAUUAGGUAAAAUAAAAUCUGUGGUUCAGGUUGUCAAUACUGCUACUGAACCGAUAUGUACGAAGGUACAGUCGCACUCACACACGACGUCACAGGCGAGACCUGUUUACACGACUAAACUUAUUAAAAACACACCAAAUUUGAUUUAUUUGGAUAAUUUGUCUGAGGCAGAUAUAGCUAAAUUAAAAUGUAAAUUGGGUUUAGUCGAUUCACAGGUGAAUAACGAUUUUGAAUUAAGAGGAAGAUUAGUUGCUACCGGUAUUGUUCCAAUAGUAAAAUUGGCAGAACUUCUAAAAAAUCAAAUUUCGGAUAAUGACACUGCAAAGAGGUUGAUUUCUGAUUCAAUUAGUUUAAUUAGUCAAGUUCAAUACCACUUGUCUCUGAGGCGUCGUUAUCUCAUUCGUCCUUGUCUUAAAAAGAAAUAUUCUAAUAUAUGUAAUAUAAAUACACCUAUAACAAGCUAUUUGUUUGGAGAUGAUAUUUCUAAAGAAAUUCGGAAAUGUGACACAGGAUUCUCUAUGAAUUUAGAUUAA